ACAGAGUAGAGCAUGACGAGGAAACAAACGGUGAUCGUGAAGCUUAAGAGAUCCAGCACCGGCAAACCUUGGGGAAUACGUAUCGCUGGAGGCGCUGAUUUGGGUACACCGAUCGUCGUCACCCGCUCGGAGAACGAGACGCUCCAGAGGGGUGAUGUGAUCAAGAAAAUCGACGAUUACGACACGCGAGAUGUGAGGCAUGUAGACGCGCAGAAUCUUCUUCAAAACUCUGAAUCAAUAAGGCUCGUGGUCGAAAGGUCUGAGCCGUCGAAUGCAUCUCGUAUCAACAUUACCACGUCAUCUCCGAUUAUCCAGUUGAACACUGGCGACAGGGCUGCGGUCACUAGUCUAGCUAAACAACGGAAAAUACCGUCGGAAUUACCGAAGAGCCCCGUACCGCCGCCUUUAAUCGACGAAUACAGGCCGCCUGCAUCUUCACCGGAACACCUUAACUUACCGCACGAACAUCUCGACGAGGUUCGCGAAGAGAGAGCCAAUUUGUCUCAGCCAUAUCGCACAACUCCUCUGGUCUUGCCAGGUGCAAAGAUAAAAAAGGAUGCUCCGCUUGGAGAAUGCUACUUGCGCCAUCAUCCCAAUCCGAUGAUCAGAGCGGCACCGCAUCAUUACGAACAAGCUCAUCCUGAAGUUGCUAUGAAACAAAAGGUGGCAGAAACGGUACUUCAACGUGUCUUGGGACCGAAUGAAGUUCCAAAGGUUGUCCACAAGCAAUUUAACUCACCAAUUGGACUCUAUUCCGAACAAAAUAUUGCCGACACUAUAAAGAGCCAAACAACCGCUAUACCCAUUUUCAUAGACUUUUCCUUCGUGAAACAGAAACAGGAAAUACAGGAGCAAGCGAGAAUCUUGAAAGAGCAGGCCAUAGCCGCCGCCUCGAAGAAUGUGUGGCCGCAAUUCAAUAGACCAAAUUAAUAUCCAGUUCGAGACGUUUUUCGAUGCUUCUCGCACGUCGUAGUAUAUCCAUAGUUUCAAAUUCUAUUGUUUUCACGAGAAUCAUUGGUCACAUUCCUUGUCUCAUAAUCGUUUCUUUCUCUUAAAAUCGUUUAUCGUCCUUCUUUCUUUCUUUUUUUAAUAAGGCAAAUGAGCGUGACCACUGAUCCGUGAUUAAGCUCUUGAUAAUCGUUCGAUAAAGUAUUUAUUGAUUCAAACUCUUUUGCUUUACAGUUUAAUAUCUAUAAAUCGUAAUUAUAGGGUCGUGAUGCAUAUAACUACAUAGAUACAUACAUAUUGCAAUUUGUUGUUGUGACUUCAAGUAAAUCGAUAAAAUCGACAGAAAAGCUAGAAAAAAAACAAGUUUCAAAGGAAGUUCUUAAAAUAACCAUACUAUAUAUUUUUCUGCAUGCUGUACCAUUGAAAGUAAUCAAUAAUUAAUCAGAGUAAAUGUUCAUGCAAAUUAGUAGCCUUACUAAUUUUGAUACUCAUACAAUCAAGAAGCAAUUCUCGAAAAUUACAAAUCAGUAUCACUAAAAGCAGCUAUUUGUAUCUUAUUAGUGAAAUAUAGUAUCUUAAAUGUAAGAAUCGACGCCACAUGUAAUUCUCGAGAAAAGCAUCAAAGAUUUAGUUGAGACAUAUUUGUGACUCGAUUAAUGAAAAGGGCAUGGAAGCGGUCCGAAAGUCGCUCUCGAACAAACAAUUGGCGAUAUAACCCUGGCUGCUGCUAACCGAUCUGACAAAAUCGAGGCAAAUGAAUUAAAAAUAGUCCGUGUGUACACAUGCGAUACAAUGGUACAGCUCGAAGAAACCGGUGAAGUACGACCCGAGUAAGAGCGAGGCUUACAAGGCUCUGCAAGAGGAGGCUCUCGGUGACGUAGUGCAGGAAGUAAGACAACCGGCGCGCACCGGUGUUUUCUCUCCGCAAAA